CCCUUCUCUUCUUCUUCCUUCUUUUCUCUAUAUUUUUCUUCCCAAAAAUGUAGGGAGAGGUUAAGGGCCCAUUUAGAUCCGCCUUUGUUUCUAGAUACAUAAAUUACGCUUUGCAUCUAGAUAAGUUAAAAUGGAUUAUGAUUUGAAACGGCGUACAAUGCCAUAGCACAAUAGAAGGGAAUUGAUCACUCACACCCCCAACACCCGGCGGUGCCAUGCAAGUUUCCCGGCGGCACUCGUAUAAGUGCGUUUGGAGGCUUCCAUGGUCCAGCACCUGCCCCCUGUACAUCACACUCUCCCAACGCCACACCCUGACGAGCCAAAGACAAAAGGGAUAGACGACUAAGACGAGGACGAAGGGAAGCAGGAGAGCGAGGGGGCCGAGGCCCGAGGGAGACACCGGCCGGCCGGCCGGCUGGCAAUCAAGAGGAUGGGGGACGCCGAGCCGGGGCGCCGGCUGCGGUGGUGGCGCGGUCUCGGCCGCCGGCACCGGCGGCGCCGCAGGCUCCCGGUCGUCCGGCUCGGCGGCGGGCGCGGGCGGGGAAUCCUGCAGCGGCUCCGGCGGCGCUGGCUGACGGCGCGGUGGCUCCGGCGCGCGGCGCGCAGGGUGGCCGCGAUCUACCUGGCGGCGCUGGCGGGCCCGCCCGCGCCGCCCGGCGCGGCGUCGUCGACCUGCCCGCCGUGGCUCGGCCUGGAGCCGUGCUUCGCCACGCCCUUCGUGGCCAGCGCCAGGCCGUGCUGAUGACCGGUGAGCCGCCGCCGUGGACGGGCUUUCUCAAGGCUUCGCCGGCGGCGUUGCAGCGCCAGGCCGUGCUGGUGACCGGUGUCGCCGCUAGCUAGCGCCAGAUUACUACGGAGGAGACACCGAAAGAAGACGACGGGAAGCUUUGGUGAAGCAAACGGUCUGAGAUGCAUGCAUAGAUAUGAUAUGACUCCUUUCCUUCUCAGUUUCUGCUUGUUCUUCUUUUGGGAGUAAGCAAAGAAAACAGUAGUAAUUUCUAAUUUCUUCAUCUUAAAUUUGAAUUCUAUCCACCGGCAAUACAAUCUAAUUAAUCUUAA